GAGAGAGAGAAACAGAAAAAGCUUACUGUGAAAGCAUAUCUUACCUCUCUUCUUCUUCUUCUUCUUCUUCCUCCUCUACCUCCUGAAUUCUAUUCUAGAUUUUGAUCGAGAUCUCCGAUCAGUGUCGGAACCAUUAUAGGACCGCCGGAGAUUCUCUCUAGGACGAUCGUUGUUGUUAUUUUGGUUAUUUCGGUUUUUGUUUUGUAAAGUCUCUGUAGGGGUACUGUAUAGGAAACCUUUCUCACCUCCUUCCACGAACCAAAAAAGGGAGAACCAGUUUCGAUGGAGUGGUACGGACGCAAUCAUGGAUCGCAAUCGGGUCAAGUACCCGAAUGGGGUCCUGUUGGAGCUGACACCGGGCUUGAAGAAUCUAUGUGGCAAUUACAACUAAGGGGCGCGGAGUCGUACCCCGAGCGGCCUGGAGUGCCCGACUGUGUGUACUACAUGCGAACUGGGUUCUGUCGGUAUGGUAGCAAGUGCCGAUACAAUCAUCCUCGCGAUCGCGCUGCGGUUGAGGCUGCUGUAAGAGCCACAGGGGAGUACCCAGAACGACCAGGGGAACCUUCUUGUCAGUUUUAUUUAAAAACUGGGACCUGUAAAUUUGGUGCAUCUUGUAAGUUUCACCAUCCAAAACAUGGAGGUGGAUCCUUGAGCCAUGUUAUGUUGAAUAUAUAUGGACACCCAUUACGACCGAGUGAGAAAGAAUGCUCCUACUAUUUGAAAACGGGGCAGUGCAAAUUUGGUAUUACGUGUAAAUUCCAUCAUCCUCAACCAGCUGGCACAUCAGUGCCAGCAUCUGCGCCUCAGUUUUAUCAGCCGGUGCAGUCUCCUUCAGUUCCUAUACCUGAACAGUACGGUGGAGCAUCCACUAGCUUGAGGGUGGCAAGGCCUCCACUGUUACCUGGUUCAUAUGUUCAAGGGGCUUAUGGACCUGUGCUGAUUUCCCCAGGAGUGGUUUCUAUUCCUGGUUGGAGUCACUAUCCGGCACCUGUAAGCCCAGUACUAUCUCCUGGUGCACAGCCUGCUGUUGGUACUUCUCUCUAUGGUCUAACGCAGCAAUCAUCUUCAACACCUUCCCUUCCAGGUCCUUAUCCCUCAUUGCUCUCUUCGACUGGCCUUUCAAAUGGUAUCCAGAAGGAACAAACGUUUCCAGAGAGACCUGGUGAACCUGAAUGUCAGUACUAUAUGAGAACUGGUGACUGUAAAUUCAGAUCUUCUUGUAAGUUUCACCAUCCUCGAGACAGGGUAGUGCCAAGAACAAACUGUGCUCUCAGCCCACUGGGACUUCCUUUACGCCCGGAUAUGCAACCUUGUUCUUUCUACUUGCAAAAUGGGCACUGCAAGUUUGGGUCUACGUGCAAAUUUGAUCAUCCAUUCGGAACAAUGAGAUACAAUUUUUCAGCCUCAUCUCUAAUUGACAUGCCGGUUGCUCCCUAUGCAGUUGGGUCUUUGCUGGCUACAUUGGCUCCAUCCUCAUCUGAGCUGCAACCUGAACUGAUUUCAGGAUCCAAAAAGGAUUCCUAUUUGAGCAGAAUCCCCUCUUCUGGAACCACACCCAGUAGUUCAGUAGGCUUGAUCUUUUCACAGACUGGAUCUCCACUUUCGGAGUUGCCACUCUCAGGUCAGAGUUCAGUUCCUUUAAGCAGUAGCAGAAACACAAGACAAGGUGGUGAGGUCCGCCGUUCAAACUGAUAUGAAAUGCAAGAACCAUUCUUUGCUAUCCUGUGGAUGUGGUAUUACCAGCCUUAAUCACCAAUUGUGCAAAAUUUCCUUUCGCAUGAAGGGUUAUCAACCAAACUGGCAUACCUCACGAUAGGAGUGGUUAUCUUUUAUGCCAUCUUGUCUUAUAUUACAGCAGAUAUUAGCGCUAAUAAGCUUUUAUAGCACAUCGUUAACUCCUUCCUGUCUUCCAAAUAAUUACAUCAGAAAGCAGCCACAUCAGGUCAGCCCCUGACUUUCUAUUCAACCUGAUGACUUGUAUUCUUACGUUCUUAUGACUUUGCAAAGAAGAUGAUUGCUAUAUAGUUCCACAAAUAUGAGAUGCCAUAUAGGCCUAGCUGCCUUCUCACUUGUUCCAAUGCACUAGUUUACUUGUGUCUCUGGCCUCACUUUCCCCCAUUUCUUCUCAAGGAUAAAGUUCCAAUUUUGUAAUUGCUAUGCCUAUCCUUUUUCUAUUUCUGUUAGAGGGACAGGAAAAUGUUAGUGUUGCUCCUCAUGUCUAACUUGUAUAAGGAGAACGACAGAGUCUGGGAAAGGUUGUCUCACUAUAACCUCAUUCUUUGGAGACAGGUGCUAUCUUUGAGGGGUCAUUCUGUUUGUUAGAAAUACAGAAAUUUACUGUAAAGAUUGUCUAUUUUCCUUUAUUUUUUUAUAUAUAAACAUUGGUGCGCUGCAAAAAUAGCCUUUGUUUUUGUUAGAAUUGCUGUGGAAUCCCAGAUAAUUUGCUGAAC